AUGGGCACGGCCGGGCUCCUGGCCGCGCUCGGGCUCGCCGCGCUCCUGCCCGCGGACGCGGUUCCCUGCGGAGCGCAGCGCCCGGACAGCUCCACGGCCUCCCAGCUGCUGGGGACUUGGCUGUACGUGGCAGGGGCUGCCCAGUUCCCCCAGCACCGCCUGGAGAUGCUGCUCAUCGACCGCGCCUUCCUGCGCCUGGAGCCCGGGGCCAGCGGGCAGGAGCUGCUCAUCAGCCACUACGUGGCCGUGGGGGACCAGUGUUUUACCAACAACCUCACCUACUUGGAAAUCACCGUCGGUAACGCCACGCUGGUGAAGCACGCCAAGACCCAGCAAACUGAGGGGAUGCUGAUGAACGUGAGCUCUGAAAACCUUUUACUCGUCCAGUACCAAAUGCAGAGGGAAAGGACAUACUUGGGGCAGUAUCUCUAUGCCCGGAACCUGAGCAUCAGCAGAGCUGACCGGGAGGAGUUUGAGCAGCACGCCGAGUGCCUGGGGCUGAGGGCAGAGCAGAUCGUGUAUGCGCCAUGGAAAACGGAGGUGUGUCAAGUGAAAGAAGCCAAAGGUAGUAACAGUCCACACCCAGAGCCCAUGGCUGCAGUCACAGCAUCACCUGCUCCAGGUACUCCCUGGCCUGAGAGUGCAGGCAACUGACCCCACAAAAUAAAUGUUUUCUUCAAAUUAGAUAUAAUUUGGUGCCAAAUUGUUUGAGACCAGAGAGUUCUGAAUAGGUCAGAAGUGGGGUUUGCAAAAAAAAAAAAAAUAAAUAAAUAAACAAAUAAAAUAAAAUAACCACCCAACACCCCACUCGUCUUGUGUGUCAUCCAGCUAGAAUCGCUAGGAGAGUCAGCCUGGAGCUUCCCGCUGAGCUUGGAAAAGUGCUCUGCCAAAGAGCAGCGCUGCAAUGCAGCAGUAAGAGAGACAGCCAGGAGAGGGCAAUCAUUAACCAUUUUAAACAAGUAAUCCAGGCAUUUGAGGAGUAACUGGGAUAUAGAGAAGGCUGGAAACUUCGCUGGAACUCCAGCCUGAGGAAAAGGGGGCUUUGCUAAAGGGAACCACCCAAUUCUCAUGACAGCAGCUUGACUGCCAGGUAAGCCAGGUGGGACAGAGGCUCCUGCCCAAAGCCUCUGGACCAGGCAAGUGCUCCCUGGUAAUGUCCAUCCACAGCUUGAUUUGCACACCGUGUCUGAC